CAGCCGCUCCCGCUGCCGCUACUGCCGCUGUGAAGGCGUCCGUCUCAAGUCCGCUCCGAGAGAAAGAUAAAGACGGACGGGGACGGGGAGGAGGGGGGCCCUCUCCAAAAAGAAAAGGGGGAGCAGUAGCGUGGGUUUCUCUUCCUUCUUUGUGCCGCUCUCACGGUCACACGGAUACCGCGAUGCCGACGUGGGUGUGCAGACGUCUCGCUCCCGUGGAAUAUCGCGUCUCGGCUCGUGGCUCUUUGCGCACAUGUAACGGCGCAGACAAGAGGCUGGGAACAGGAGCCCCGGUGAGCCGCGACGAAGCGAUCGUUACAGCGGGGCGCCGUCGCGGUGUCUAAGAGAGAGAGAGAGAGGCCGUUUGCCAUCCGUUUCUGGCGGCUCCGGCUGUAAGCGAGCCGGGAGAUAGGCGCCACUUCAUCUCCGCUGUCCAGGAGCCCGCGGACGUACAGACGGAAGACAUCGACCCGAAGAGUUCUGAACGUUCACUCCCUCUCGCUCUCUCUCUGCGUCUCUCUGUCUCUCUGGCAGCGCUUGCUAGCCUAGCUGGCGAAUGGCUUAAUUAUGCAUCUGGUAUCAACGCGUAUUCGCCCGGCGAGCUCACGCUGGGUGCUUUGCCAAUUUGGUGGAAGAAAUUUAGUUGAGUGUUUAAAAUAAUAGACGUAUAUAUUUACACUGUAUAGGUAAUCAAGUUCGGUUUCCCAAUAGAAUAUCGGUACCACUUCUUAAGGGUUGGAGUAGUUUAAACGUUUGUUAAAAAAAAAGUUAACGAGCACGCAUUGAAUGUUUGAAACAAUGUUCGCACACCGUGGCCAGUAUUAAAAGUUGUCGCGCAGCAUGCUCCCAUUUUAAGGGCACGAAUGCCACUGCCUUCCUUAUCCUGCAAUCCGUCUUUUCUCUUGUUUUCGGUGCUGAAAUGAUAGCCGUUUGCGGACGAAGCGAGAGUAUAAAACGUGGCUGACCCCCAGGGCUCACGUGCCUUAAACACCCCCCCCCCUCGCACCUUGAGACAUGGAGACGUAGGCACAUUAAGAGUGAAAACUAAAAAAUAAAAGCUACAAACUAAAAAAAUAUAUAUACGAGGAGCCAAAGACUUGAAGGUGCAGGGACGCAGAGAAGCUGCGUGAUUUAUACACGCGGCCAGUCCGAGAUAGCUUUAGAGUGGCGAGGGAAGAAGUGAUUCUCGAAGCCAUUUACAAAGAGACAGCACGAGUGACGCUGAGCGAGCGGGCGGGCGGGCGAUCGAGGGGCAGUGUAGGAGGGGAGCGGUGGGGCCAUGCCACCCCCCAGUGGCAGGCGGAGAUGGGUCCUCGCGGGACCCUCGAUCUCUGCCACCCUGCGACUAAAGCCCCUUCCGGGCGCACGGACCUCCGCGGGAACGCUGACAAACGCGACGUCCGCCGCCUCUCUCGUAACGACGACGACGGUGCUGCUGCUGCUGACUGCGAUUCUGACGGCGACGGCCCUCGGCCCCGGUGGGACGUCCCAAGAGCAGCGAGUCCUGGCACACUCGAUCCGCCUCGACGGGGACAUCACGCUGGGCGCGCUCUUCCCCGUGCACGCGCGGGGCGACCGCGGUGCCAUGUGCGGCGCCCUGAAGAUGGAGAAGGGCAUUCACCGGCUGGAGGCGAUGCUCUACGCCCUCGACACCAUCAACGCCGACCCGCGCAUCCUUCCCAACGUGACGCUGGGCGCGCGCGUGCUGGACACGUGCUCGCGCGACACCUACGCGCUCGAGCAGUCGCUCACCUUCGUGCAGGCGCUCAUCGAGAAGGACACGGCGGACGUGCGGUGCACCAACAACGCGCAGCCGAUCUUCGCCAAGCCCGAGAAGGUGGUGGGCGUCAUCGGCGCCGCUGGCAGCUCCGUGUCCAUCAUGGUCGCCAACAUCCUGCGCCUCUUCAAGAUACCGCAGAUCAGCUACGCUUCGACAGCGCCCGAGCUGAGCGACAACACGAGGUACGACUACUUCUCGCGGGUGGUGCCCCCGGACUCGUACCAGGCACAGGCCAUGGUGGAGAUCGUGAACGCCCUGGGCUGGAACUACGUGAGCACGGUGGCCGCCAACGACAACUACGGCGAGAGCGGCAUCGAGUACUUCUCCCGCUUCGCCCGCGACACCGGAAAUCCACCGGGCGGCGUGUGCAUCGCCCAGUCCCUGAAGAUCCCGCACGAGCCCAAGCCGAGUGACUUCGACAAGAUCAUCCACCGCCUCAUGGAGACGCCCAGUGCCCGCGCCAUCAUCCUCUUCGCCAACGAAGACGACAUCAAACGGCUCCUGGAGGCCACGCGGCGUGCGAACCAGACGGGCCACUUCCUGUGGGUGGCGUCGGACAGCUGGGGCUCCAAGAUCGCUCCCAUUCGCAACCAGGAGGACGAAGCAGAGGGCGCCAUUACCAUCCUGCCCAAGCGCGCCUCCGUGUCUGAGUUCGACAAAUACUUCACGUCCCGUACGCUGGAGAACAACAGAAGGAACGUUUGGUUCGCCGAGUUCUGGGAGGAGAACUUCAAAUGCCGGCUGAGCCGCCACGGAGCAAGGCAGACCGUGCACGCCAAAAAAUGCACCGGCCAGGAGCGGGUGGGACGGGACUCCCAGUACGAGCAGGAGGGCAAGGUGCAGUUCGUGAUCGACGCGGUCUACGCCAUGGCGCACGCGUUGCACAACCUCUACCAGAAGCGGUGCCCGCGCCUCUCGGGUCUCUGCGUCGACAUGGAACCCGUGCCCACCAAGGACCUGCUGGAGGAGAUCCGCAGCGUCAGCUUCAACGGCAGCGCAGGGACCCCCGUGAUGUUCAAUAAGGACGGCGAUGCACCAGGACGCUAUGACAUUUUCCAAUAUCACUUGCACAACACAAGCACGCCGGGCUACAACGUGAUCGGAGAGUGGGUCAACCACCUGCAGCUAAAUAUCAGCGCGCUGCAGUGGGCCGCCGGGAAGCGGGAGCUGCCUUACUCUAUCUGCAGCAUGCCGUGCGCGUCCGGCGAGCGCAAGAAGAAGGUGAAGGGCGUGCCGUGCUGCUGGAACUGCGAGCGCUGCGAGGGCUACUACUUCCAGCUCGACGAGUUCAACUGCCACCUGUGCCCCUACAACAUGCGCCCCAACGUCAACCGCACGGGCUGCGACGCCAUCCCCAUCGUCAAGCUCGAGUGGCACUCGCCCUUCGCCGUCGUGCCGGUCUUCCUCGCCAUCCUGGGCCUCCUCACCACGGCGUUCGUGAUCGUCACCUUCGUGCGCUACAACGACACGCCCAUCGUGCGCGCGUCUGGCCGCGAGCUCAGCUACGUGCUGCUCACGGGAAUCUUCCUGUGCUACGCCACCACCUUCCUCAUGAUCGCCGAGCCCAGCCUCGCCGUCUGCUCCUUCCGCCGCAUCUUCCUCGGCCUGGGCAUGUGCGUCAGCUACGCGGCGCUGCUCACCAAGACCAACCGCAUCUACCGCAUCUUCGAGCAGGGCAAGCGGUCGGUGACGGCGCCGCGCCUCAUCAGCCCCGCGUCGCAGCUCGUCAUCACCUUUUCGCUCAUCGCCAUGCAGCUCCUGGGAGUGUGCAUCUGGUUCGGGCUCACGCCGCCACACACGGUCAUCGACUACGAGGAGCAGCGCUCGCAGGAGGCCGAGCUGGCCCGCGGCAUGCUCAAGUGCGACAUCUCGGACCUGGCGCUCAUCUGCUCGCUGGGCUACAGCAUCCUGCUCAUGGUGACAUGCACCGUGUACGCCAUCAAGACGCGCGGCGUGCCGGAGAACUUCAACGAGGCCAAGCCGAUCGGCUUCACCAUGUACACCACCUGCAUCGUGUGGCUCGCCUUCAUCCCCAUCUUCUUCGGCACCGCGCAGUCCGCCGAGAAGGUGUACAUCCAGACGACGACGCUCACCGUGUCCAUGAGCCUGAGUGCUUCGGUGGCUCUGGGAAUGCUCUACAUGCCCAAGGUGCACAUCAUCCUCUUCCACCCGGAGCAGAACGUGCAGAAACGCAAGCGCUCCUUCAAGGCCGUGGUGACGGCCGCCACCAUGUCCAACAAGCUGACGGGCGGGAAGACCAACGACCGGCCCAACGGAGAGGCCAAGACGGAGCUCUGCGAAAGCCUAGAGAACAGCUCAGCUUCUUGCACAAAAACAACAUACAUCAGCUACAGCAACCAUCUCAUGUAAAAGGCUCCCGGGACCGCUGGCACCGCUACCCUCCCCACCACCACCACCACGCUGGGCAGGGCAUUAUGGGAAAAGCUGCCGUAUCAGCAGACUGCUAAAUCGGGAUGCCGCGCAAGAGUCUGGGCUCGCAGAUGAGACUAUCCAGCAGCCAAGGCGUGGGGAGGAGGGCAUUGAAGACCGCCGCGCUGGUGCACGGAACGCGAGGAGACGCCGUGAAGCUGGGACAGAGGGAGGAGGGGUGGUGGUGGUGGCGGGGGGGGUGCCCUUAGCAGGAAGAGUUGCUGCUGGUGGCGGCGGCGAAGAAGAGGAGGACAUUGGAUGAACGGGGCGGGUGUGGGCAGGGGUGGGAGGUGGUGCAUGAUGGCCGUGAAUCGUCUCACUAAUUAGAGGCCUUCGGUGGCGAAGAGGUGUGGGUUGUCCCUUUCUUUCGGAGAGGCAUCUUUUGUAAGCGUCGCAGCACAGCACAAAGCUGCGACGCCGCUUGCCAGCGCCGACGGAACGGAGCGUCUCGCUCGCCCCGACGGCGCGGGCGGAUUUGUAAAAAAAUAAGUGGGGGAGGUGGGGAGGGGGGGGCUGUUUGGGAUGAAAUGAUAUUUCCAAAGGAGAUUUUGGAAAAGCGAGAUAAAUAAAGGAGUGAUUAAGUAACAGCAACGACAACGACAUCAACAAAAUUAAGGAAUCGCACGAAAGCAUCGCUUUGGUUAAUCCACGCGCGCGCUCGUGUGUGUGUGUGUUUGUGUGCGCGAUGGAUACAAACGCAGCGCCGGCAAAUGUCGAAACGGAAUCAAGAGGCUGCUCUUAAAUGUUUGCAUUGCCUUCUGUUAUAUCUCUUGUUCUCUCCCCCCCUACUCUCUCUUUCUCUCGUUUUGCUCAUUGUGUUGAUGUCAAGUCGUUCCAUUUAUCAGCCUAACAUUGGGGGGGGAGGGAAGCAAUUGUUGUGGUUUCCUGAAAUUAAGAAGGGGGUAGUGCAGGAGAGGGGGGGGGAGGGGUAAAAAAAUAAUUAAAAAUAAGAAAAAAUGCAUAACAUCUGCCCUAUCUGUGAAUGUUGCAACAAAGUCCAGUCUGGUGUGUUCUAAUGGGCUAAAUGACUCGGUAUAUCUCUCGUGUUCUGUAACUUGGAGAAUGAAUUUCGGAAAAGAUAUACUAGAAGGACGCAUGCAAUUUUUUUUUAUACAGACAUAAAGUUUAUUUCUAAUAAAAUGGAGUUUCAUCAAAAUCUGCAAAUAAAAAAAAUGGUUUGGAUUGUGCUUGUGGGAAAAUGUCUGUGGAAUGCGACCCUAAAUUUCACCAAUUGUAAUCUUAAUGCACUGUGAUCUCGGGCGAAUUGAAAGGAAAGGGGCUUUUUUUUUGUCCUCCAGCUUUUAGGUCCACAAUGCAUCACGAGAGGCGAUCGCGUCAUUACUGAUUUCCGCGACAAUCGCAGCGACCCGGCACUUCACAAUAAGUGUCGUUUAAAGGAAGCCCAUAACAGAGCGCAAGGUAUUUCAUUUGCUCAAUAACCCUAAUAGCAAAUCGUACAAAAAAACAGAAGGUCAAUGACAGAGAUAUAACCGAGCAGCGUUGCCAUGUGUACAGCUAAUGCACGAUUCCUGCGCUCGCAUGUCCAUUACGAUGCCUGAAGAGUGGGGGAAAAAAUAAACCGGGAGGGCCUCAGAGAUUGCAUCUUCCACCUCGUUUUACCCCGCCUGACACUGUGUGCACAACCAGGCAGCUGUGGACUGUAAAGUUUUCUUUUUUAAUAAAUGCAGAGGAGAUCGACAGAG